AUGUUCUCAGUCACUGAAGGGAUUCCUCCUGGUUUCACUCCAGCUCAGUGGUUCAAUCUGCAGCAUGUGCAGUAUCCCAAGAUGAAGGCCUCCAGUGACAAUGCAUAUUGCGACAGACGAAUGAGACGAAUCAAUAAACAUCUCCCUCUGUGUAAAUCCUUCAACAGCUUCCUGGACUACCCGCUUAACAGAGUCAUCAGGGUUUGUUUCCAGCGCAAUGCCAACUGUUCGAAUCCAACAUACACCAACUGCCAUAAUAGUACAACAGCUGUCACUGUCACCCAGUGUCGAUUGACCGGAGGAACUUAUCCCACUUGCAGCUACAGUGGUAGAGCUAAACAGGCAUACUUUGUUGUUGCCUGUAGGCGCCCCUUGCGAGCAGACCAUAGUACAAGUCCAUUGCUUCCUACACAUUUGGAUCGCACUUAG